AUGAGUGUCGCUAAAUACUUCAGCUGGUUGCUAAGGAAUGAAAAACAAGUUUUCCUCCAAUCUUGGGGAAGUUGUUACCAUGACUUGCCGUUGAAGGCUGAUCAGAGAAAUGCUGAAACAAAUCAAAAGAAAAGACCAUCUUUAAAACAUUCUAGUGAUGGUGCAGAAACUCCUCUUCCGAACCGCGAUACAGAUGAUGAUGGGAAUCCUAUUUACAAUUUUCUUUAUCCUAGUAAAGAGCUCCUUCCUGAUGAUAAAGAAAUGAGCAUAUAUGAUCAUUUAGAGGAGUUGAGACAGAGAAUUUUCACGUCAGUUUUGGCCGUUGGAGCUGCUAUGCUUGGUUGUUUUGCGUUCUCAAAGGAACUUAUUAUAUUUCUUGAAGCUCCAGUUAGCGCACAAGGUGUUCGAUUUUUGCAACUAGCUCCUGGAGAGUUCUUCUUCACAUCUCUAAAGGUUUCAGGAUACUGUGGCCUCCUAUUAGGAAGCCCUGUGAUUCUCUAUGAGAUGAUAUCGUUUAUUCUUCCGGGUUUAACAAAAGAAGAGAGAAGAUUCCUGGGGCCAGUUGUCCUAGGUUACGCAGAAGGGGUUGUUGAAUCACUGUGGUCUAUUGAUCAGUACUUUGAAUUUGUCCUUGUGCUCAUGUUUAGCACUGGAUUAUCUUUCCAGGUUCCAGUAAUACAGCUGCUUCUUGGGCAACUGGGCUUAGUGUCAUCAGAACAGAUGCUCUCUGUUUGGAGAUAUGUAGUGGUAGGUGCAGUGAUUGCUGCUGCUAUACUCACACCAUCAACAGAUCCUCUUACUCAACUGCUGCUGGCUGGACCCCUUAUGGGUCUUUAUUUGGGCGGAGCAUGGAUGGUAAAGCUUCUUGGCCAAUGA